AUUAAAAUCUCAUACGCUACAAUAUGUCCGAAUAUAGUUUCAUUGCCUUUACUGAUUUUGAAUACUCCACCGAUCGCUCACAGAACUUUCUCGAUCUACCAAUUUCACGCUUUCAACCAUCAAAGCCAGCCAACGAAACCAAUCCGAAUGAACUUAAUGUGCCAUACACCGUCUUCGAGGUGCUUGUUGCAAUAUUUGCCAUCAUUGGCAAUCUUAUGGUGAUCAUAGUCUUUCAGAGAGAACGCAGACUACGCCGACGCACGAAUUACUACAUCGUCUCUUUGGCCAUGGCUGAUUUUUUAGUUGGCUUACUUGGAGUGCCAUUUGCUGUGAUGGCUUCUAUUGGCUUGCCCACUAAUUUAUAUGCUUGUCUAUUUACUGUCUCUCUACUAGUGAUGCUCUGCACAAUAUCAAUAUUUUGCCUGGUCGCAGUAUCUGUCGAUCGUUACUGGGCUAUACUUUACCCCAUGGCUUACUCACGUAAUGUGCGAACGAGAACUGCUAUAAUUAUCAUUUCAAUGUGCUGGGUGGCAGGCAUUAUAGUUGGUCUAUUACCGCUUUUUGGUUGGCAUGCCAGUUUUGGUGCCGAUCAGGCUUGCUUGUUUGUCGAGGUCAUGGACUACGAUUAUUUGGUGUUUCUCUAUUUUGCUACGAUUAUAACACCCGCCAUACUAAUGCUAGCAUUUUAUGCGCAUAUUUACAGAGUGAUUAUCAAACAGGUACGUCAAAUUACAACGAUGAAUCCCGUGGGUGAUAGUCGUCGCUCGUCAACAGCGCAGAUACAAACCACAGCACCUACGCGUUGUCAUGGAGGAACUGGUACAAUGUUACGUGUGCUGGGUGCUGCUCGUAAGCGUGAUGUGAAGGCAACGCAAAAUCUUUCAAUUAUUGUGCUAUUCUUCAUGAUUUGCUGGAUACCACUGUAUACGAUCAACUGUAUUAUGGCUUUUUGUCCAACUUGUUAUGUUCAUCCCAAGUUAACGCUUUUCUGCAUUAUUCUUUCACAUCUCAACUCUGCUGUGAAUCCAGUAUUAUACGCUUAUCAUUUAAAGGACUUCAGAGCUGCGCUUAAAAAUCUGGUGCUUAAGUUAAUGGGCGUUGAUAUCGAACAACCAGUUGACAAUACAAUACAUCGCUUCUCAUUGGCAAGUCAACAUCGCCUACAAUCAAUGGAUGCAUCUUGCAUUAGAAGCUCACUACAUCCCAGAAUUUAUGUAGAUUCACCCAUCUGGCUAAGACAACAACAGCAAGAAUCAUUAAAGUGCACCCAACUGACACCCAAAUGUGGUGUGGUAACUCCAUGCCUCAAUAACAUUCAUCAAACCGUUGCUGCUGUUGCUUCAGUUACGGCGAAUAUUGAGCGAGACAUAUGGAACAUAAUGGAAGCAUCAAGCGGUGCUGAAAUUGGUGAAACCAGCUAUGAAUUUCCUGAGGACAAAGAUCAACAAACACCAACCCCACCACCAAGAAGACACAGGCGUUCAAUGCCACAAACCGAACAACGUUCAGACAGUCCUUAUACUUAUGAAAAUCGUAACUACUCCACAAGUCCCGAAGAGGCUGACUUUGAUGAAGUAUUUCUACCUGUAGUGAAUAGCAAUGGAAAUGGCAUCGAUCACAAGGAACUGCACAACUCUUUAGUAGCCUGUGCUUUGCGGGAGAAAUUGCGUUCCGAUGACACAGAUUAUCAAGACCAACAACAUUCACGGCAACGCGCAUUGACUGAUUCUUCCUACAGCGAUAUGGAAUUACCAAAGCAAACUCCACAAUCAUCGCCAGCUAAUGGUCUACUACAAAAACCAACGCCACCCCAUACACCCACACAAAACACACUAACGCAUAAUAAUACAUUAAGUGCCACUUCACAAGCCACUUCCAACACAUCUCUCGCCAAUUCUUCAAUAUAUGUCAUAGACAAUGACAAACAUCCGCUAUCACCGGGACGCAAGCCGAAGUUCAGAAAAUCUCCACGCCUAUCUGUAAAUCUGAACAAAACAACAAAAGGCAUUAGCCGUUCGUGCUCCUGUGCCAGUGACACAACCUCCCCAGUCAAAAAAGCACAAGAUAGUGAAGUACAAACAGCAACACAUUCCGACUCGAAUAGUAGUAGCACAUUAGCUAGUGUUGGCGAUGUCAGAUCAAACAGCAACAACAACAACUCGCACACAACCAAUAAUCUCAACUAUUAUACAUUUCAUCAUCCCCACCAACAACAGUAUAAACAUAAAUUUAGUCCAUUAAAAGCUGUAAGCAACUACAUAUUUCCGCCCAUAGUUAAGCAUUCCAGUCUCUUUCAACUCUUCCAACCAAAUCUAAGUCACGAAAACAGAUCAUCCGCAGGGAACUCCAUAUCUCCAUUGCCAACAACAACUACAGUUUCAGAGACAACGAGAACUCAAACGCAAAACAAUGUAAAUACAACGCUAGGUUCGACCUCAACAACUACAACAGACGUUCCUAUCUCUCCAACCUCUCCAACUUUUAUGACCACUGCGGAAAGUUGAGACGAGGCUAAGGAACUUUUAGUUUAAGCCAAUACUCACUUCGAUUUAAUCGUAAAUGGUAUUUAGAAUCUGCAGUCUCAUUUAGCCUUACAGUUCUAAUUUAAGCUUAGUUUUAUGGACACAUUUUAGUAAGUUAUUUCAUUGUACUUCUGAUACAUAAUUCUUCCACCAAUUAACUUUAGUUUAUAUAUGUUUAGGCUAAGAUUGCAACAGCAACAGUAAAAAUAAGUUAAAUAAAAAUAAUUUGAGAGUUCAAAGUCUGUGUUAAGAUAUAGGCCUCAGGUAUUUAAAAAUGUAUUAAAACAAUGAUAAUAUGGAGUGAUUGAUGAGGUUUUCUUAACAUAACCUAACUUUUUUGGUUUCAUUUAAGCACCAGAAAAAAAAUUUAAGGGGGAUAGCAAAACGCAUAUUAGAA